ACGUACCUGAGGGACUAACUACCUUCUCCUUUUCCCCCGCUCGCUCUGCUGUCUUUCCUUCCUCCCCUCCCUGACGUCUGUCAACGAAUACUGUCCAGACCAUCCUAUCAAUCAAGCGAUACACCAUCGAGCCCCCCUCGCUGCGGUCGAGGGUGUUAGCCAGCAUCUCAUUCCCUUCCCAUCUACACUCAGCUCAUGCCGCAACCCGCGCUCAAUCGUUCCCCGAAUCAGUCCGCUGUAUCGGCCUCAAUGUCACCUCUUGACCGGCCCGGUUCGACAACAUCGAAUCCAUCGAGUACGAAACCGCCUACGCCAGCCCCGUCCACAACACAAGCAGCUCCUUCAACCUCCAAGGGUAACAAUGGUAACGCCGCUGCUGGGUCGUCGAUCAACAGAGCUCCGUCUGCUUCUUCAGACUCCAAGUCGGACAAAUAUCCCGCCUGGUCUCCGUAUCCUUGGGAAGUACGGAUCCAGCGAGAGAGACAGUACUAUCUGAAGCAAAAGGAUGGCGCCUCUGCAGACGCGAACGACGCUCAGUUCCGUGUAUCCCGAACUCCGUCCUCUAAUGACGCGGGCGCGAAAGAAACAACGUCGGGCGAUCCGGCCAAUCGGACGCCUUCUGCAUCACAUCAUCACCAUCAUCACCAUCACCAUGUUCACACGCAUUCCGCACAGACUCCUGGCUCCGCAGGCUCUACACCAGCUGCUGGAGCAUCAGCCGCGUCGACCCCCUCAGCAGUCGGUACAGCCGGAUCAUCCUCGGCUACCGCAGCCGGAGCACCAGGUGCUCGUCGACCAGAAAAUACCACUCCCAAUCCUGCAGGAUUGGGAACUCGUUGGGGUUCAGCAUAUCCAUUCUUCAACCCUAAUCGUGAAGCGGAGCGUCAAAUACAGCGAGAAAGGGAAAUCCGGGCUGCUAGGGAGAGGGAGAGAGAGAGAGAAAGAGAUAGGGAGAGAGAAUUGGACAGGCAGAGAGUGGAAAGGGAGCGGUUGAGAGACCAAGCAGCAGAGAGCGAGCGAAGGAGAAAAGAGACCCAAACGUCUCCCAAUGUCGGUCCGACAUCCGGUCCCAAUCCGUACCCUCGACCUUCAUUGCCGCCCUCACCGACCGUCUCUCGGUCUCUCCCCGCGCCAAACCCAACGCAGUCCGGUCAAUCUAGCAUUUCUCCAGUGGCUACUCCAGGCGUCACAAGCUCAUCCACCGCCCGAACGAGUAUUACCUUGCCCGGUUUCAGCUCCCUUGGGAAACGAGCGCUCCCAUCCCCUUUCGAACGGGAGAACAGGGAUCGUUCCUCAUCGACCGCAGGUGCAUCAGACCAAGCGGGUCAAGUCAAGCAUAAUCGAACUCUGUCCAACUCGUCAACGACCGAGACCAAACCACCUCAACCUGGCGUGAUCUCUCCCCGGAAAUCCGGUGGCUCCGAGACUGGAUCAGCUUGGAAGGGUUAUCCCGGUGAUCAGCGAAGGUCCGACCAGCUGUCGCAGCCUCAGCCUCAGCAGCAGCAGCAGCAGGGUGCAGCUCCACCGCAGCAGCCAGAGAGAUCUCCGUUGGCUUCACCCACCAUUUCGAACAAACCUCCUGUCACGGCUUCGAGCACUAUGAAUACUGCAGGCAGCAACGCGCAGGGUCAGUCCCGUCAUUUCUCAGCUUACGGCUAUUCGGCCCCAUUUGGAUUCGGUGGUAACUCGUACGGAGGAGCAUAUGGCAACUCGUGGCUUGAGCGGGAGCGUCAGAGACAAAGAGAUCGCGAUCAGAGAGAGAGGGAGCAGGAGAGGAUCCGAGAACGAGAGAGAUUGGAGAAGCUAGAAAAGGAUCGAGCCGAGCGGGAAAAGCAGCAGCGUUUGGCGAAUCCACCGCCGCCGACCGAAUCUCGACAGUUUGGCCUCUACAAUCCUGGAGGUCUUUACCGUAUGCCUUACGAGCGCGUAGGGCAGUCCUCCUCGACAAAUCAGUCACGUAUCGAAGUCUUGAACGCACCGAAUGCCGAUCCGCAAGCAGCUGCUCGACCAGGGGAACCUGGGUCAAAUCAAAUCCCCACAUCUCGAGAGUCUCGACCGUACUCUUACGCUGGCAAGAACGAGCCCGGAAUACCCGCGGCCAACGCUGCAAGCGUGAAAGAUCGAGAAUACCAUUAUACGCCAAGGGACAAGCGAUCGAGAAUGGACGCGGCGAUCGAAGAACAGGCCCAUCGACGUGGAUCAUCGAACAAGACGAAACGUCGGAAAGAGGAUGAGCGGGCUAGAUCUCCACCCUCAGCAUAUCAAGCACCUGCACCGACUCGUCCGUUACCUCAUCUUGCCAAUCUGACUCGAGAGAUCAAAGAGUAUCCCGAAGUCACCUCGGCCCAGAUUGAAAGCUGGCUCAAGACCAUCCCGGAUUUGACAGCUGUGAGAUCAAGGCAUAUCUAUGGGGGAGCCGAUUGGCGUCUGGCAGGCGACCUCCCUGGUGAUGCCACACUCGGCGAUCUUAUGGUCAUUCAAAUCAACGCGGCAUUCCUGGGACCCUCUUGGGUCCUGAGAGGUGAAGACGGAUGGGACACUGCGGAUCCAGAAACGCCUGAAGAUCUCGAACUAUCCGAGGGCUUGAAUCAACGGCAGAUCUUCGGUACAGAUGUCUAUACCGAUGACUCGGAUCUUGGUCUCAUUCUCAUUCACGCUGGAUGGCUCAAAUGGAAGCAUGAAGCAGCGAUGGAAGUCGAAAAGACCGAAAGCAAAGCCAAGCCCUCGGAUCAAGACUCUAUCCUUGUCAGCGUCCGGCUGGCUCCACGUUUGGUACGGUACGUGUCGACGUUGCGGAACGGUAUCGCUUCUCGCGGCUGGGGCAACGGGCAUGAUGGUCUGAGCAUAGUCGUUGAAGGUGUGCAAAGAUACAAGGCGUCGAGAAAGGCUCCAAACUCGCGAGCAAACCGAAAAUUGAGAAUGGCUGAGAUGGCUAUUCAGAGAGCGUCUGUCAUGCGCGUAGCCGAGCCCUUAAAAGAGGCUCCACGGUACCUAAAUGGAGUCCUGCCAAGCGUCGUGUUUGUUCGCGAUGCGCCUUUGAUCAAGUACAACAUCUCCGACCUUCGAGACUACUUGGAGAUUCCCGACGCCGACGAGAUGGACGCGCGUAGUCUUUGGACGCACGACCUUCACAUGGAGAGCGAGGAUGACGUCUACACUGUUAGUCUCGAAGAUGAUGCUCGGGCAUCUGUGGCUCCCAAAAUCCGUAUCGAGCAUUCCGACCGUCCUGGUCGCUUUGUCAAGAGCAAUGGAUCUGUCUCGGCAAAGAAAGCAACACUCGCCGAAUCUCGAUCCCCGGAUGAUCUCAGCUGGACUAAGGACGGGCUGCUGGUCAGAUUAGACGGUGAGGCAGGAGUCUUGUGCGCUGUCGAAGCAUACACAUGGAAACGGCGAGCAGGAGUAUCCCUGCUGGAGUCCAUGGACACGACGGAGUAGACAGUAGCAUGAAAUGAGGAAAUGGAAGUGGCUGCAUUUUUCUCCGGAUAAAGCGGCAAAUGAUUAUUGCGUCAUCCUGUUGAUGAUCGAAAUGCUCCGAGGAGGAGGCAUCCAUAUCCUUGCGU